AUGUCCUCCAUUUUGAAACUUUUCGCUGGAGGGCCCACCGGACCAAUCGUUGGAAAUGAUUGGAUCCUCAAAGGCAUCAGUCUCCAGCAAUUGGACAAGCAAGGCUACAUCAACUUACCCAGCUCCAAGUUCCCCAUCAAGUUCAAAGAUGAGUUCCAGGACUCAGCAGACGAUCAUAGAACUGGACCAUACUAUCGCCGGGCCCUACGCAUGCAGGACGAGAUCGAACUAAUACACCCAAUCUUUGACCGUUCACGCUGGUGGAGGAUUGACAAAAAUGACUACCAACUUCUUGUCCCGUCUUUAAUGCUAGCCAGUAGAAUCCUGGAC